AUGUCCUCUGGUGUCUUCAAAGGAACAGAUGCUGCCUCAGAGUCUCGGCUUCGUUUCAACACCAAUCUGCGCCUUUUGACCGCAGCUCGUGGAUGGCAUAACCCUAAUGGCGCCCUUCUCAACGGUAUCUCAGCUGUCCUCCUCGUUAUGUCCUAUAGCUUGCCCUCACUCAUCGUAUGUCUCGACGUCCAGAUCAUGGAAGUUGGUCCUGAGCCUGAGGCUGGAGGUGAUCCCAUCCUCUGGCUAGAAGUGUACUAUGUUGCCAUCGCAGGGUCACCUCUCCUCAUUCUGGGCGUCAUACUCCUCCUCCAGGUGAUGAUUGCAUUUUCUGUGUCUGACCUAGACAUGUUUGGAGGUCCAGCGCGACCAUCAAAAACACAGCCUUCUGCGUGGCAUGCUCACCAAAGCAUCCGGAAAGUUGUCAUUUUUCUUUGGGUCACUUGUUGCAGCAUACGCUGGAUGGGCUGCACUCAUCGUGUAUCUCGGGGACCGCUCAGGGUUGAGUCUCACCCGCUGAUCCAAACAUGGUCGUUCUUCCACAACGAGAACUCCAAUUCUAUCACAUAUGGUAUGCCAUAUAGCGGACCUGAGUGGUGGAUUAUACUCUUUGUCAAUCAUCGCAUGUUAGUCCAGGGACCAUUGACGCUUGGGCUGCAUUGUUCGGAGCUCAUCGCAAAUGUCAUCCGAGACGAAAAACGGUGGAGAUGCGCUACCGGAAGGAAAGGACUUCAAGUGGCGACGAACCCGCUGAAGUCGCUUUUCGCUGAUCCGAUCUGUCUCAUACUUUUCAUUGCGAAGCCGUUCCUGCGUGAGUCUUUCACACCUAGUAUUUUAUUGUCUGUGUUAUUGAACGCUAUCCUCGGCGGUUCACAGACUGGAUGUUUGGGCUCUCAUUCAGCACAGUCGACUGAGGCUUUUACUGAGAGCCUGAGCGAUGUGACAGUAGUCAUGUUCACUUCCCAGAUCUUGAACUUAUGCAUUGCGCUCCUGAUAUUUGCCAGUUUCUUCACUUUCAUAGCACUGCGUCGACCGUACGGUCCUCAGCCGGCUGCAUAUGGUCACCUCCAGACGCUUGCCAACCUCGUGGAUGAGUGGUCGCCUGUCAUGUUGUGGGGACACAAGGAGGAUGGAAUCCCGUACUGUCAUGCCGGGACAAGCGAUCAUCCGCUGCCGGAUGUGAAGAUGGACUGCGUUUAUGCUGGGUCUUCGGUACCCCUCUCGUGAGAGGCUAUAUCUACGUCAGGCUGGCGAUGCAUUCACGUUUGCACACUGCCGUUGAACGAGACAUACAAUUUUCAUGCUGUUUCCUGCGUUGUAUUUGGCUCUCCUUGUUCGAACUUUAUAUUUAUUUCCAGGACUACUUCUAGAGAGACGGUCAAUUUAACCUUGGAGCAAUCGUCAAAUAUUGAGAUCUCGGUAGAUAAGUUAACGUAGCUGAUGGACAAUUUUUCUGAUGAGAUCUCUGCGCUAAAACUUAGUACUAAAUUGUCAUACACUGAAACCGUUCUAUCCUUGGACCUUGGUGUUGACCAUG